GCUUCCGUACUGCCGACUGGAAAUCGUCAUAGUCACAUGUUGUAUCACAACAAUAACAAGGAAGAUUGAGCGAAGACUGGAGAAGUCGUCUAAUUCUCGUCCUUCACGGGCUUAAAAAAUGAGAUUUUUAAUCGUAUUUGUAUUUUUUCCUUGUUGUUGUUGUUGGUCACGUGGAGUGACAGGCGAAAACAAGCCAAUUCAAACUUUCGUAAUCCCUCACAGUCAUAUGGAUGUUGGCUGGGUGUAUACCAUUCAGGAGAGUAUGCACGCCUAUGCAGCCAAUGUGUACACCAGUGUGACUGAGGAGCUGUCAAAGGCAAAGGACCGCAGGUUCAUCGCUGUGGAACAGGAGUUCUUUCGACUAUGGUGGCAUAAUGUAGCCACAGACGCUCAUAAGAGACAAGUACGACAACUCGUAAAAGAGGGUCGACUUGAGUUCAUCAUCGGGGGCCAAGUGAUGCACGACGAGGCUGUGACUGAUCUGGACGAUGAGAUAUUACAAAUGACAGAGGGACAUGGUUUCCUCUACGAGACGUUCGGCGUACGUCCUCGGUUCUCCUGGCACGUGGAUCCAUUUGGAGCCUCUGCCACCACGCCUGUCCUCUUUGCCCUGGCUGGGUUCAAUGCCCACCUCAUCUCCCGCAUUGACUAUGACCUCAAAGAUACCAUGCAGAAAAACAAGAGACUACAGUUUGUGUGGAGAGGUUCUCACUCUCUAAAACAGAAGCAGCAGAUCUUCACUCACACUAUGGACCAGUUUAGCUAUUGCACCCCGUCAUCUCUGCCAUUCUCCAAUAGCUCUGGGUUCUAUUGGAACGGAGUUGCCUUGUUCCCUGAUCCCCCUAAAGAUGGAGUUUACCCGAACAUGAGCCUGCCUGUCACAAAGGAGACAGUGCGCGCUUACGCCGAGACGAUGGUGGAAAACAUUAAGCAGAGGGCUGCCUGGUUCAGGACCAACCAUGUGCUCUGGCCGUGGGGCUGUGACAAACAGUUCUACAACUCAUCUGUCCAGUUUAACAACAUGGAUCCUCUAAUGAAGUACAUCAACCAGCACAGCAAAGAGUUUGGCGUGACGGUCCAGUAUGCCACUCUUGGUGAAUACUUCCAGGCCAUCUACCAAUCAGAUCUUGUCUGGGAGCAACGCGGGAGUGAAGAUUUUCUGCCAUAUUCUACUGAACCGCACCAGGCAUGGACGGGGUUUUAUGCCUCCAGAAGUGUUUUGAAAGGAGUGGCACGACAGGCCAGUUCCCAGCUGCAUGCAGCAGAGACUCUGUUCACACGCUACCGAAUCAACUUCCCUGAUGGGCCUGUAGCUAAAGACUGGGCUCUGGACAAACUAAGGGCACUUCGCUGGGCUGUUUCCGAGGUCCAGCACCAUGAUGGCAUCACUGGCACAGAGUCUCCCAAGGUGGCAGACAUGUACCUGCAGCAUCUCAUGCAGGCCAUGAUGGGAGUGGAGGAGCUUCUGGCUGCACUGUUCCUGCUGCCCCAAAACCUGGACAUACCCAGCAUCCUCGGCAGCCGCUACCACAAAAGAGGUGUUCAUCAGGGUUUGGAGCAGCACGUCAUCGUUUACAACCCAUUAGCAUGGAACACAACAACUGUCAUCAACAUCACUGUAACCUUCCCCACUGCAGCUGUCUUUGAUGAUCAUGGAAAGCCUGUACCUGCACAGAUCCAGAGGUCUGCACAGUCCAAUGCAACCUUCGAUCUUUUCAUCAUGGUGGAACUUGGUGGCCUUCAGCACAGGAAAUACCUGAUUAAGUUCUCAGAGAAGCCAUGCUUUGGGAGGUCCAAGUGUGGAUGGACUUAUGAAGCUAAAGGGGUUCUGUUUGAGAGACGUAACGUGCGAGACUGGUUGAGAACAGGGAGGAGGCUGCUGCCUGUUCUGAAUGAAUGUUACAAGCUGAUGUUUGACCAGGAUACAAAUCUACUGCACAGCAUCACUUACCUUGAAGAAAAAAGGAGAAUACGGAUGACUCAGGAUUUCUGGAAGUACCGCGCAAAUGGAGAUGUAAAAGCAGGACCCAUCUCUGAUAACUACAUCUUCAGCGCUAACAGUUCAGCUGUGCGGGCCUACAAGGCUGUGGAAAUGGAGAUUAUCCCCGGGAAGAUUGUGACGGAGAUCAGGCAGCACUUCUACAGAGAGGAAAGUGAUAAAGACUAUGCCUACUCCAUCACCACCCGUGUCCCAGAAUGCUUUGGGAGCAGACGCCGGUGUUACAGGCUGGAACAGACCUAUUCACUGGGUCCCCUCUGUCUCAACACAGAGGUCGUCCUCAGAACCAGCUCCUCCUUGAAUAACAACAGGACCCUUUACACAGAUGAAAACGGCUAUCAGAUGAUGAAGAGGACAUACAGGAAGUUCAUUAAUAACACUUUAGCGAGAAACUAUUUCCCAAUGGUUCGGGCAGCUUACAUCGAGGAUGACCUCAGCAGACUCGUGCUGGUCGGCGACAGAGCUCACGGUGUGUCCAGCCAAGCCAACGGACAACUGGAGGUCAUGCUCCAUCGACGACUUUGGAACAACUUAGCCUGGAACCUCGGCUACAACCUGACCCUCAACAACAGCUCGGUUGUGACGCCCACCCUGUGGAUGAUGCUGGGCUCCAUCACCGCCACCUCCAAGCUUUACCAGAGGGAGGCAAUAGAGCUGCAACACAGACCUGUCGUCAUGCCCAUAGACAGACCUCAGAGGCCCUGGCAGGAGAAGGAACCCAGAGGAAGUUCUCCUGUGCCUUCAGUCAUUCUCCCGCCCAACCUUCAUCUGCUCAGCCUCAGUAUCCCUGGAUGGAACUACAGCUCUAACCAUGAUGUUCACCUCAGCCACGUUCACUCCGGUAAGAAUCAGCCCUCAGAGCCAGACUAUAGUCGGGUCUUGUUGAGGAUCAUGCAUCUCUUCGAGGAAGGAGAAGACCCUGAGCUUUCAAAGCCAGUCACCAUAAAUUUGAAGGAUGUUCUGCAGGGCAUAGGGGAAGUAAAAGUGCUGGAGGAGCGUUCACUCACGGGUACCUGGGAUAUCACCUCUCUGCAGAGAUGGAAGUGGAAGACUGCUGAUAACUUAGGAACAAACAAAAAACGGUGCUGGACUUGUGGAGAUGAACCGUUCACUGUGACCAUCUCACCCAAAGAGAUCAGGACCUUCUUCAUUCACUUCGCCACUUCCAGGAACUUUUAGGCUGAAAUGUCUUCUGUGAAGACAGCCGACCCUUGGACACAAUAUGACAAUGCUUUUAAAGAUUUGAUCAUUUCCUGCACUGCUAAUUAACAUUAUUUUUGCACAUUAUGUUGUGUUGUUGAGAAACACUGACGUGCUGAUCAGAUGUGAAUUAAGUGAUUAUUUUUGUCUAAUGUCUAACUUCACACAAUCAACACCACAGUAAACUUUGUCUAACGCUGGGAAUUUAUAUUAAAUUACAGAUGAGAAACAUGGUUUUUCAUUCAUUCCAAUGAAAGCAGCGCAAAGGUGUUCUGACCACGGAUGCAUUUAAAACAUUUGCUUCGGUAUCAUAAAACGGACCUUGCAUUUUUAAACUUGUAACCGUUGAAGAGGAGUUUUUAAAGAAGGGAUGAUGCCAGCAUGCUAAGUCUAGCUGAGUCCACAAGCCGAGUCCAGGGACCCCAUGGGGUCCUUGAGGUGUUUUGAGGAAGCCCUCAGCAAAAUGGGGAUUUAUAUUUUUUCACUCUUAAUUCCAUCCAUAAGUAACAUGAAUCAGUGUUUGGCCUGAAAGCUGAAUGCCAUACGACUUUUAACAGCCUAACGGCAAUAUUUUCCGCAUUAAAGCUAUGUUGCCAGUGAAAUUGUUGCUGCUUUGCCUUAACCAAGUGGAACCGUUUUAUCUGUGCUGUCACGUCGCUAACAUGGCCGCUAGGGGCUUCCAUACUCCCGUUACCAAACCGACUUCACGCACCAACAGACCAGCCAACACCCGAGGAACAAAAAAAAAAAAAAGAAAGAAAGAAUAAACCCUCGUCUGUCUGUGCAUCACCGCUGCAGCCGGCCGGAAACAGAGGUCGUUAUCAAAUAGCACAAUGUAAGGUUUUUAAUGCCAGCACAUCAUGACCGCCUGCGAAGGAAACCACGGUGUCAGCGAUUUGGUACAAGAUGAGCAGC